AUGGAUAUAAACAAGUUACCGUUGGAAACUCUAGCAGAAAUACUUAUGAAAACUGAUGGUUUUACACUAGGAAAAUGUCGAAGAGUGUGCAAAAAAUGGAAGGCAGCCAUUGACGAAAUGGAUUAUGUUUGGGAUAGAAUAUGCCAAAAGGAGUUUCGUAAUGCAUCUUGGAUAGCUAAAAAGAAAUCCGGUAACGAAUGCAGGUGGUACCAUCUUUAUAAGAACUUGAGCAAGUGGUCGAAAGUAACUACAUUUGAAAGCAAUAUGCGGGAGUUUUACAAAUUUUCUUUACACGAUAAAUCACACGCUUUAGGUAUUGAUUACAGCGUUCUACCUUUAAAAGAUACUAGAGGUAUAGUUCUCUAUGAUAUGUCCACAUUGAAGUACAUACCAGUGGCUGUUCCAGAGAAGAGUUGCUUAAAAAUUGCAAAUAAUGACUAUGCUACGGUUAUACUUUUAAAAUCAGGAAUUUUACUGCAAAGGACAGUAGAACAAUUAUCAUUUAUGACUGAAGCAUUUUUCAAAGCUGACAAUUUUGUGCUGAGUGGAGAAGAAUUAUAUUUUGUUAACAAUAGAGAUAUAUACAAAUGUGAUCUAUCUAAACCCAAUUUGGAGUCAAAACUAAUGCUACAUUGUGACUAUGAUAUUAAAGAAAUUCAAUACAAUUCUGGUGUAAUGAUUGUAUUUACCGAUUGUGGUAAAAUUGUCAGUAUUAGUAAUGAUAGAUCUGUGUCUGUUAAACCUAUAAAUUGUCCACCAGCAUGGGUAAAGCAGAUCAAGCAUAUAUGUGCAAUUAAUGAAAAUAACUAUGUAUGCUAUUCGAGAAUGUUGUUCCAAAUUGAAACUGACCAAUAUAGACAUCUAUACUUGGAUUUUCCACCAAUCACAGCAUUGUUCUUUUAUGGAGAUUUUAUUCUAAUUGGUACAAGAGCUGGUGAGAUCUUAUUGUACAGACUGUCCAGUCAGAUCUAUAAGGCAAAGCCAAUUUUUGAGACUAUAGCCCAGUUGCCAGAAGGAAAAUUUGCUGUCCAUUUGGAUGUGUGCGAAAGAAGAACUGGUCCAGUUAUGGUUGCGGCAACAUUUUUUGAAAUUUUUGUGUUGGAGUUUGAUUUCUUUCCUCAUGAAAAGGACAACAGAACCAGUUUUCCGACAGACAAAUUGUGCAUGUACAAGCGACUUUUAAUACUCCGAGACCGACUACGACUUGGCGUCCCCUCGAUCAAGUCCAUAGCAUAA